AUGACGGGUGCCGGGGAUGUGAGCGUGACGGGUGUCAGCCGUGGGACAGAGACUAUGGCUGGGGACGAGCCGGCAUCUAUGGAGGGAAUGCUCAGACAGUCUCAUUGUCCUCUUCCAAAAAAGGUGACCAGUAAAAAAAAGGGAAUCUGCCCAUUCUGCUUUCAGCUAUUUACACCUGAUAACCGUAAAGUUCGUCUGAGACCGAAAAUUAAAAUAACACCACGCAUUGAGCUCUUAUUAAGAAAAGAAGCAAAAAGCCACAGAUUAAAUCUUAAGCAUACUAAACUCCUUAGGAAAUACAAAUGUUCGAGGAGUGUCCUGGUGGUUACAUGCAAUACAUGUAAAAUGGUUUCCAAAUAUCCUGGUGAAGGCAGAAAUGGUCUUACUAGUGGUCCAAGUACACCUAAAACAAAGAGGAAUUUUGGGUCUCCUGAUCUAAGGACGCCAGGAUCAAGUCGGAAAGUGAACAUGUCCUACAGUGAAGAGAAGCUCAGCUCAAAAAGCAAAAGCCCAGUACUGACACCCAGGUCAUGUGUUUCUGCUCACUCUUCACCUGCCACAAUGGCAAAGUCUACAAAGAAGGGCAAAUUUAAAUUUUCCAGAUUAAAAAUGCUGCUCAGCCAAGAUGAAAAGACACCAAGUAAAAAGGGGGAUUUACAGAAUUUCCUAACCUCUCUUGCUUGAUGAAUAUUCAAUGUAUUUCCGUCUCUUGGAUUAUUGGACAUAUGAAAACAUGUACGUUCUACUAGCCAUGUACUUAAAAGUUUGAUGUUGUCGUUACUUUAUUUCAAGAGGUUUAUCUGACAAAAGACUUUCCGCGUGUUCUAAAUGAUUCAAUAAUAUGAUGAAGAAGAAAACAGUAAGAAUAAAGAUU